AUGUUAUCUAGUGCUGAUUGGGUGAGGAAGCAUCUAGUGCGCCAAGAGUCAUUUUGGGACAUCAGAGAUACCGGCCUGGGAUCCUGGGCUGUUCGGUUCUGGACGGAUCUAUGGCACCCUUUGGGUAGGUUGAUUGAGGUUGUAGGGGAAAUUGGAACUCAGAAACUGGGAAUAGCAAGAACAGCUCUGGUUUGUGAAGUGUGGAAUGAAGGUUGCUGGGCAUUUCGUAGGUGCCGUGACAGUCAAAUGAGAAGUCUUAUCCAAGCAAUCGAAAAUUUUGCUUUACCUGAUGAUCGCACUGGUCCUGAUGUGAUCCUUUGGAAGCGGCAGACAAAUGAGUUUGGUAAGGUUUUCUCCACCGCUGAAGCUUGGCAGAUGAUCCAUCUCCAAUAUCCUACUUUUUCAUGGAGUAAAGUGAUCGGGUUUCCCUUAGGCGUUCCACGGUUUGCUUUUAUAUCUUGGCUUGCAAUAAGGAAUAGGCUAUCUACGGGGGACCGUAUGCGUGCUUGGGGUCAGGUUCAAGGCUGUUUAUUCUGCGGGGAGCCUAAUGAAUCUAGGGACCAUCUGUUCUUCGCUUGCCCCUACACUUAUACACUUUGGCUUGAGGUAGUUG